UUAGAGGGUUCAGUCAAACACUGGAUAAAAUAGAUAAACACCCGACUGGAGUAUGCAGACAUGUAAUCAAACAAAAUGUGUUGAUGUGUCUGAUAAGCAGAGGAGACUAGUAUCGGCACUGCGGCAAGCAAAAACAUAACAUUACAUUAGGAAGUUUUCCUUGGAAGGCAUAUUUAACUAAAAGAAAGAGGGUUUAGUAGAGAGAAUUUAGUUUUUUUUCUCCCCCUCUUUUCCAAUCUACUGCUCCGUACUCCAAUUCAGUAGGUGGCGGUGACGCUCGUGUAAGCUGGUUUGCGAACCGUCAAAAUAUCCUAACAAGAAGAAGAAGACGAAGAAGACGAAGAAGAACUACUACUGUAUCUCUAUGACAACGACAACUAUCCAUUUGCCGUGCUUUGUAUUUGACUGGAAAGCUUGUUAGCAACUCUCGUUGUAGCUGUUACUGAUAAUACCAGAUGUUUCUUCGCUGACAUUGGUGUGGCUUACAUUUGCAAACGCUGCAAGCGGUUAACUAAUAAAUUGCAAGUUGUUGCGAGUACGCAAAAGAUAAAAAAAAACUAUCUGUGUGCUAACUCUGGCUAACACCAAACCAAUAACGUUAGCAUUUCGCGAUUGUUUGCUAAUAUUAAUGGCAGACUGUUGGAAUACAGAUACUGGAGAAGCUGUGUUUCGGACCCGGGAUGCUGUCAAAAACUUGAAAAUAAAGGUGCGUAUAGAGAGGGUGACCUCCACAGCAGCUCUCUCUCAGCACCUGCAGAGCCAAGUUCUGUCCCAGCAAGAAAGAGGAGCCAUUGAACUGGAAACCCUCACCUCACAAGGCCAGACAGGUGAUAAUGAGGAAGAGCUGGUGGUGGGCUGGCAGGAGAAACUUUUCAGUCAGUAUGAGAUGGAGCUGUUCCAGAACGAGGCAGCAUGUCAGACCCCUCUGGACCGUCAGUACCACACAGAAGUCAAGGCCUUGAACAGGGCCAAGGGCCGGCCAAAUCACAGGAUUUUCACAUACACUGAUCACGACCGCUACACUAACUGUCUUCCAUUCCACCAACUGCAGCACUCCACUGACUUAUUGACCACGACCAAAUCCAGCCCCACAUUCCUGGCUGAAAGGAUGGCCAGCGUGAGACACAGACGGCAGGACAGACGCACCAUGGAUUGUAGUAUCCCUAAGUCAAAGAUCGUCAUCUGGGAGCCCACAGAGGAGUUUGUGAAGACCAGUCAUGUGGUGAAUAGUACCAUGCAGACCAUGCACAUCAUGGGAGACCUGGGCCCCCCUGGAAGGCUGGGCCAGAAAGAGAAUGAAUGUUUGCUGGUAACCAUAAAAACAGAUGGCAGUGGAACAGUCAUUGUAAAACCUGACUUCAACAAAGGCAAAGAGCCCUACAGGAUUGUAACAGAGGGGGAGAAGAGAGAAGUUUGGCGUCUCAUUCUGGAGAAUGUAUCCACAGCCAUGCAACCAGAGGAAAAGGAGAGGGAGCAGAACAUGUACAAAGAUCUGUAUGUACGGCACAAGGAGUACCUCAACAGCCUUGUUGGACAGGACUUUGAAAUGCCUCCUGUAGGUAUUCUGCGUUACGUGAUGAAUGGAGAAAUAGUCUCAGCCAAAGGCUUUGAAUAUGAUAACUUAUACAUCCACUUCUUCAUGGAACUGCCCAACAAUUGGUCCAGCUUGCCAUUUCAGUCUCUCUCAGGGGUUACUCAGACCUGCCGGACCAGAACAUUAGGGAAGGAAAAUGUAGCUUUCUUCAGUUAUCCCUUCAGCUUUGAGGCUUUCUACAUGUGUGAAAAGGAGAGUGAGGAGUCAGUUCUCCAGUGGCCAGUGCUCUACUUCAAGGUUCUUUCUCUGGACUCCUGGCAGCGCUAUCGCACUGAAGGCUAUGGCUAUCUGCUUUUUCCUGCCAUGCCCGGUAAACAUACACUAACAUGCCAUACGUGGAGACCCCUUCAGACGGGGACAAUUUCUGCACUGAGGCGUUUCUUUAUUGGAGGUUCUCCGGAGCUUGAAGACUACAGCUAUGUCAGAAUACCAGGGACUUUCAAGGGAGAGAGGCUGAGUCGCUUUGGCUUUUGCACUGAAACCACAGGAAGUGUCACCUUUAAUCUGCACUGCAUCCAGCAAGCCAGGGCCUUUGUUGAUGCCACCAUGUUGAAGAAGAGGAGGCAGAAAGUUUUUGACCAGCUAGGAGGAUUUAGCCAGCAAGGAGCUGUUUGCACCAUCCUGGAGGCCUUCCAGAGGGCCAGGAGAAAGAUGCAAGACGCCAGAGAAAGUCUUCCCAGAGACCUCAUCAACACCACCUCCCAACUCCACAUCGAAUCCUCGGCAUAGAUGUGAGAAGCGGUGGACUGUCAUUCUGUCAAAUACUUAAAAACAGCCAAAUGGCUUAGACAAUACUUUUUGAGGUUUAGAAUAGGAGCAACAUUACCAGCAAGUAUGAGUUGCCAUUUAAAAUACUGCACAUUUACUGUGUUUUGCUGAUGACAGGACUACGAUGUACUGUAAUGAGCCAGAGAGAAGAAAAUCUGAUGUCUGAUUGCUAUUUAUUCUUUGUAAAGACAGCUAACAUGUUGGGUAAUAAUUGAGGUAAAUAUGGAUUUAUGUGGUAAUGAAUAAGGAGCAGAGCCAAUAUGCCUAAGUAUGGUAUCACCAUGCAGUGUAUUUUAUGUACAGUCACUGUUUGUCUCAGAUUUGAGUAAAUAGUCUCAUUUUCAGAGUCACAGACAGUGAGGCUUGUGAAAAGUUAUAUAAAACACAUUUCUAGAUUUGGAUUGUAUAUUUUCCAUUGGUUAUUUCAAACAAUCAUAUUUGCUGUAAUAUAAACUUUUUUAUAUGAACAAUAACCAUUAUUGUUGUGUAUUUUCUCUCCUUGCGAUUAUGGCCACUUUUAUUAAAAUUUCAUACAAAAUUA